AUGCGCAAGUCACGUCAAAAUCAUGAUAAACUGCUGCAGGAACGCGUGGCUUUGGCCUAUCAUUUGCUCAUUGUGGCCGGUCACGCUGUGUCUGCCAAUGACACCAGUGCCACGAUCGAGAACAAAGCAAUUGUGUGCGGUGUGGAAUCACCGGCGACAUUUCAAAGCGGGUGGGAUAUUCUGCAGUAUAUGCAAAAGGUUUUAGUGAUGGAUCGUUGGAAAUAUUUGCACUUUUACGGGCUAGAGAAAGCCCCGAACGGUUGGACUCGAUUUGUUCCAACAGCGAUGUUUGAUAGCGAACUGAUUCUGACCGAGGACGGUCAAAAUGUGGAAAAAGAGGCUGUCAUAUCCGGACUAUUCCCGAAUCGUUUUCGUAACAUGAGUAAUGCGUUGCUCAAUGUGGGAAUCAUGCCGGAAUUACCAUACAUAGUCAAUUAUACUGUGACUGAAGACGGAGAACUAUUGAAUGCAACCGGAGUAACCGUCGAUUUGCUAAACCUGAUGGCCGAACGAUUCCUUUUCCGUUAUCGACUCUGGGUCCCCCAAGAUAAACAAUACGGAUUGCUUCAAACCAACGGAAAUUGGACUGGACUGGUCAAAGAUUUGUUACUAAAGAGAACCGAUCUGAUUGCCUCGUCUCUCUCGCCAACAGUGAAUCGGUCUGGAGUUGGCCAAUUUAUUGGCCUACUGGAUGAUGAUGAGAUGUGCAUGUUGAUGGCGACCUCGACCACCACGCGGAACGCUUUCGAAUUGCUCAAAGUGUUCCACCCGGUCCCUGUGAUGGUUCUCGCCGCAGUCUCGUUCGGGGCCAGUGUACUGGCCUAUCUGUUCAAUCUGAUCAGUCCGUACAGUUCACGUAACCAGAAACACCCGUCGUUGGGUAUCUAUGAGCUCAGCUUUCCCGAGCACUGCUACAUGUUCAUGAAAGGCUGUCUCUCACAAAAUCUGAUGGCGUUUCCACGCGCCCCGUGCACUCGGCUCCUUCUGAUAUCGUAUCUGUUCAUGGCGUUCCUGUUGUUCAUGGCAUGGAAAGCGGAUGUGACCGCAUUUCUGACUCGAAACAAGGUGGUGUUCGCGGUGAAAUCGUUCGCGGAUCUGGCCACUAGUUCCCAAUACAAUCCGAUGGUUGUGAACGGGAGUGCGGUCCUGAGUUUCUUAAGAGAUACCAAAACGUAUCCCGGAUAUGAGAUCCUAUACAAACGAAUCAUUGCGAAUCCCGCAAGUUUGGUCAACAGCACGGCAGUCGGUGUGCAAAUGGUUCUGGACAAUCCGCAAAAUGUACUGAUUGGCAGUAGCACAGCGUUGAAUUUUAUUCAGAAAAUGCGAUGCACCGAGUUGGUCGUGAUUUCCAGUGGCAUAGACCAGGGUCAGAAAGCCAUGAUGUGUCGAGAUGAUGCGGAAUGGGCUUCCGUGAUGAAAAUCUAUUUGCUUAAACUCAAGGAGACCGGAGUGAUCAAUCGGAUUCAUACAAAAUGGUCCAAUUUACUUCACAGGUGUCAAGAAUCGACCAAGAUCUACGAACCGCUGAGCGCCAAAGGCUGCAGUUCCGUGUUUAUCAUGUUUUUGGCUUCACUUGGCCUCAGCGUCGGUGCAUUGAUUUGUGAAAUCUUCUGGUUUCGAUACGGUCAUCAUGUGUACGAUCAUUUAUGGGCCCGAAUUCGACUGAACCGACCAAGACCCAAAAAUCGCCAGAGCUGA